UCACACCACUGGGUCCAAGGGUUAAAUUUCCCCCAUACCACUCCACAUCCCGCCGGCGUUUCCCUUUUCAGUGUUGUUAUAUCCGAAGCGGAUAUGUUAGCUGCGCCAAGGCCCCGUGUGGUUCAUAAUGUCAUUGUUAUUGUCUUCUUUCUCUUGUUCUAUUUCUGUCUUCGCAUCGCUGUUCUUGGAGGCCAGGAAGAAGAAGCGUCGCUGCUGAGGAAUGACGAAGCCUUCAGGUACAGGAUUGAGAAGAAGGUGCCCCUGGACUCCUACGCUGACGCCCGGGACGACACGAAGCCUCCGCCGUCGCCGCCCCUCUGGAUCCUCACCCUCAGCUCCCUUCCUCGCAGCGGGUCCACGCUCAUGGCCCAGUUCCUCGGGACGCUGACCAAUUCCAUCGUGUUCUUCGAGCCUAUGUGGAUUAAGGAAUACACCCCCUGCGCUGAGGACGAGGACUGCGUGGUGGACUACAUCUAUAACAUUUUCAACUGCACGUAUAAACAGGACUUCGAGGACUGGUUUCGAAAGAAGGAUCUGUUCUUCUCGUACUUCCACCCGGACGUCAGGAACUGCAAGGGAGCGGGUUGCAAAGACGCGCUCGACGUCCGCGGGAUGUGCGAGCGAGCGGACGUCAGGGUCAUGAAGAUCAUCCGCACGAGGCUGGCCUUCCUGGAGCCGCUGAUGAGUGACUCGGAGAUCAACUUCAAGGUCGUCUUCCUGACCCGUGACCCGCGCGGAUCUCUCAACAGUAUCCGCAAGUUCGGCUGGAACAGGGACCCGAUGACACGUUGCACGCACCUGGACAAGGACCAGGUUGCCUACGAGGAAUUAUCUGGACUCUACCCGGACAAGGUGAUGCAAGUCAAGCUCGAAGACUUCUGCCUCGACCCGAUAGGCACGACGGAGGACCUCAUGCAGUUCUUGUACGGCCACUCGGACAUCCCGGAGCCGCUCAAGGAAUACCUUACGAAGCACAUGACCACCAAGACGCAGAAGGGCACCAUGAGCACCUACAAGAACAGCUCCCAGGAGUUCGAAGCGUGGCGCUACAAGAUUCGCGAGGACGACCUGCUCAAGAUAGAAACGGAACCGGUCUGCGUGCGCACCAUAGAGAGCAUGGGCCACGCGCUCUUCGGCUCCAUCCAGAAGGCCAACGACUCGUCCGUCCCACUCUUCGUUCAUUGAAGGUCGUCUGGGUUGGGAGGUUCCGCUGAGUGUGUGGCGCGUAGAGUGUGAUCCUAGUUGUUAAUAAUGAUGAAAUAAAAGCGAUAACAAUGAUGACCGCAACAAAAUAACAACAGUAAUAAUACAAGAAUCGAAGAAAUGUAUACUUCCACUACUAUUGCUAAAAAUUUGCUAUUACUUCUGCUGCAAAUGUCAAUCUGUUAUUGAUGAUGCUGGCUGCCUGACAAUGUUACCGGCGCAAAGGGAACGAUCACUUCCUGACUCCAUUAACUGAGCCUUGCAAAGCCGUUAAACGAGAAGAAACCAAAAGUGGCGGGUGAAAGAAGGAUAACACUCAAAAACUACUUUAAUAAAUAAAGAGCUUUAAAAGUACAAAGAAGCUUUCAAACGAAGAAUAGAGCUAGAAAACAAAGAGCAAUUCCAGUGUUUACAAUGCUCCGUCGCCUCUCAGCUGAUUUUUGUCAACAAACCAGGGGCCGGAUAUACGGGAUCGUAGACUUUAUCGUAAACGAAGCCUACAUUCCUUUAUCUCGCAACAAGCAAAUUUUCCAAGCUUCAAUAGGCUAUAAACAUUUAUAUACGAGACGCCUCUGCGAAUGCCCAAAACCAAUCGUAAUGUUCAUCGUAGCGACACAAAAUACUUCCAUAAACUUAUUUAAUUUUCAUAAAGAAUUCUUAUUUUUUAAUUACUUAUUUUGUAUUAUUUAUUUAUUUAUUUAUUUUUUUUUUUAGGAAGGGAGGGUUUAUGUACAGGAGCUACAUAUGCGGAAGGGACGCGUCUCGUAUAGUAAAUUACUUGUCUAUAACAUGGUUAUAUGACCACACACACGAAAUGUGACCGAUAUCAUGAAAGAUGGCCUUUGUCAAAGCACCGAAGCUAUUCUAUCCCUUGUUACUGUCCUAUUGCCAAUCGCCAGUGCUGAAUCAGAGAAAUCCUGACAAUAUAUGAAGUACAAACUUUUGGUAUUUAAAAAAGAGAAGCAUUACUUUAAUGAAGGAAGGAAGGAGGGAGAGGAGGAGGAGGAAGGAAGGAAGGAAGAGGAGGAUAGGGAAGGAAGGAAGGAAGUAAUGGUUCUCUUUCUUAAAUACUGAUAUUGACAGCAUAUUUAAGGACCAUUCUUCGUGUAGGAUAACUGAGGUGAAUCGUGUGUUUAAAAUAAUAUUUUGUUGGUUUGUGAAAAUUUUAUAUUGUUGUAAUAUGUAUUUUUAAGAUCAUUAUGAAAUUCUUUUGUGUAAUUUAAAAUGUGUCUUGGAAGGGACCUUUCUCUUAAAGUAACAUAUUUGUCUAUAUUUGUUUAAUGAUCACACACUCAGAAGAAGCUAGUAUUUUUCUAUAUAUUUAUUUUAUUUAUUUAAUUAUUUAUUUUUAUCAAAGGCAGCUGUAAAUUUCAUCAAGUUUAUGAAUAUCAUAAAAGUGUUAGAUAAUGAUGAUUAUAAUUACUAAAGGCAUUCACUGAUAAGAUUCGUCAUAGCUACAUGCACACCAAUUUUUGAAUUGAAAAAAGGGCUAUUGCUAAAAUGCUAAGAUAUUAUUCUAUGCUUUAAUUGAUUUGAUUGAAUAUGCUAGUCAUUUGGCCCAUUGUCUUUUAUUAAUAAUAAUGACUUAAGACAUACUGUGAUUCGAUUGUAGCUUUUGGCAUUCGGCAACUUAUUCUCCUAUUUUUCUUUCUUUUUGUAACACGAUUCUUUGUGAAUAAUCUACAGGUGAAAGGUUUUGUUUAUACUGAACCAUUUGUUAUGAUUUCCUCCUUCGGGUUUCAAACACAAGCUAAGGAGAUUUAUGAAAGGAAACAUGUCGACUUAAGGUUUCGGGCAUCAGGUGCAAUAUUAAUAUCAUUUGUGUAAAAUUUCAUCAUUCCUUGUAUAUAUUCCUUAUUUAUGUCAUAUAUGAAAUUACACUUUUUAGUUGUGUUAUCUGUAAUACUGUCGUAAAUAAAUUGUUUUUAGUAA